AUGUCAAUCAGAGAACACAAACCCAGAUCGAGUGGUUUUCUCCGUUCUCAUACUAAUCUCAUCAGUCCUCAAAGUACUCAUCAGGUCAGACCAAUAGCCUUCCUCAAGAAUCCAGCCAUCCCGCUAGAAUUACUCACCUCAUUCAUUCCUCACACUCCUACCAUUCCACGAGCUCGGAUCUCUCCCAUCGACGAGCAUUACAUCGAACCUUCUGCAUAUCAGACUACUAACCAAGUAGAAAGUCAAACGGAAGAUACCUCCAAAGCGAUGGUUUUGUCUACUCAAAGAAGCUCUCAACACCUACCGUUGAAUCAAGCUGCUCCACCUAGCCAAGCGAUGGACCCAAGAAAAUCUCAAAACCCCCGUACCCAUACAGACGGUCAAGGUAAUCCACCUCAACAAGGUAAACUUUCUUCUCAAGCUGGACUCUCCAGCCCUCAAGAUCAUCAAAAGAACCCCAUCCGAGGUGCUACCGAUCACUCAACACGAGUAAAUCAUCACAAUCGACCACCACCUCAGGAAGCUGAUGUUCACAAUGCUAAUAAUCGACUUGUCAAAGCACAAGAUUAUGCUACAUACCCAGGCAAUGUGAAGGAGGCGGACCGAAUCGGCAACAAUAGUUCUGGCCUCCCUCGUGGUAAUAUCACAAGUAGGCAAACCGAUAAUGCUCACAAGCAAGAUACUUUCAAAGUCAAUAUGCUUCCUCCACCUCGAUAUGGUAAUAAAGGUAUCCCUCUAGCUCAACCCGAAAGGCAAGUGUACCACGGCCAAACUCCAGCCCAGACCACUCGUACACUUCCUCGAGAGCAAGCUCCGAUGACUCAUGAAUUCCGAAACGAUUUUCAAGCUGAGGAAGAGUUCGACGAGCUUGGUGAAGACUACGAUAAUUUCGAGGAGCCAACUCCAGUGGUACAUGGUGUUCCUCAUACCGAUGCUGCUCGGAUCAGGCCUGAAUACCCUUUCAAAAGUUCGAAUAGUGUAUCUCAAUCUUCAUCUCGCUAUGAUACUGAUCCUAGAUUUGGUAAGACCUCUCAUGGUCAUCAAUCGAAUCGACCAGAAGAUCCUCAUACACCCAUCUACCUGGGUCGAAAUAUCAAACCAUCUGUAAAUCCUCCCCGAAGGGUUCCCACCAAUGGGUAUAACUCUUACUCUAUGCCAGGCCGUCCCUCAUUCGAUGACGAGCUGGGCGGUGUUCCUUCACGAAGAAUCCCGAUGGAAGAAUCGGUCUUGACGUUCGACGAAACUGGUCAACCAGUAACUCCUGAAAGACAAUCUGGUAGGGAUGAGAGUACUUUCAACUUUACUCCUUCUGCCAAAGAUCCGGAAGCGGACGAAGACGUUGUACCUGAGCCUGAAGCCCGAUUCAAAAUUCCUGUUGAGUUGGAGGAUCCCUUCGCACUGAUCAGAUCUUUCAUCGAUCGUGAGAAAGUCUUCGAGGGAGUUCUGAAAUAUACAGGAGAUCCCAAAUUCCAACCUACUUGGGCUACUAUCAAGGAGGGACAUACUAAACUGAGCAGUAGCCUGAAUUCUACCCACCAUCACUUUGAAAGUAUCGAGGGAUCUCUGACCAAACUCGUUGAGAUCAAAGAUAAAGAACUGGAACGAAAGAUCGGUCUUACCAAAAGGUAUGCAGAAGCUGGCUCGGAUCUUUCCGAGCAUUGCAGUAUGAUGCAAUUGACUACUAGAAACAACGUUAAGCGAAGGAAGGUUGAGAUGGAGGUAGAUUAG